AUGCCCCCACGCGGUGCUGCUGACGGCAAGGCCGCAGCCACUGGUCCUCCUAACCAAACGCUCUACUGCACCAACCUCCCGGACAAGCUUCGCAAGUAUGAUCUGCGGCUAUCGCUGUAUACGCUAUUCUCGACCUACGGGCCCGUGUUGGAUGUCGUGGCCAUGAAAACGAACAAGAUGCGAGGACAGGCCCAUAUUGUGUUCAAGGAUGUCCAGGCCAGCACACAAGCCCUGCGGGCCCUUCAAGGAUUUGACUUCUUCGGAAAAGAGAUGAAAAUCGUCUAUGCCAAGGGCCAAUCGAAUGUGAUCGCUAAACUGCGUGGCAUGUACAUCGCACCGGCCACGGCUGAAGGGAUGGGGGUGUCGACGGAUCUUCAAAAGUCCAUCUUCAGCGGUCCCCCCGGCGCACUGCCCCCCAAACCGGGAGUCAAUGGCGCACAUGGCGUGAAGAGACCCCGGGAGGAGGAGAGUGAUGAAGAAGAAGCCCCGAUGGAGGAAGACAGUGACGUUCCCAUGGAAGCUUCGUCGGACGAGGAUUAA